GGCAAUAAAAGAAAAUGGACGAAGCGUAACAACGACGUCAACAACAUAAAAACACAGGCAACUACAGAGGGCGGAGAUGACGAGAGAAGAGAGGAUUGUGUGAUGAGAUGCCGUGAUCUCUACAUUAUAGAUGAGAUAUGAUCAGCCGCGCACGUCACUGGCACGAGCACCAAGAACGUCACCGACACGCCACAUAAAGGAGGGAGGAGAGCGCGCGCUGCUAACUGCCAUCCUCCUCCCUGCACCGUCCGCCGCCAUGUGCACACGUCGUCGCUGUACUUGUUGCAGUCGCCUCCACAGUCGUCUGCUCGCCACUAGAGUUGUGUCCGCGGCUUUGUAGCGACUGAGGACAGUUGGAACAUAGAGGCUACAGGUGCUUCACCUUCUCGUGAUUAUGUAACGCACCCCGCGAGGACACGUGACAUGUAAGGCUGCUCUGGGUGGAAUCACAGACCAUGGAUGACACGGACUCGCCCACCGAGAGACUGAACGCCUCCGACACUGCUCCGAAGGAGGAGGCCACAGAGAUAGAAGUCAUCAUAGAACCGGAAGUCAUCGAUGCCCACGCUGACGCCGAGGACGAGGCUGACGACUACAAAGACUCUGGCGACACCAAAGCUGAGACCGAGUCGACGAAACUCAGCCAUGCCAAGUCAUGUGAUCAGAAACCUUCAUCCAAGAAGAAGCCGAAGACAUCCAAGAAGAGCGCGAGAAUGUCUGAGGAUCCAGCGAGUCGAGCGAGGAGCGCUUCCAGAAGGUUCGGCCGCCUGGCCUGGACCCCGGAGAGACAGCAGGCGGUGAAGAAAAACCUGACGAGGGCGGGCAAGAAGUUCCUCGUCUUCAUGAUCUCACACGUCGGCCUCACCUGCCUCGUCAUCAGCUACUCCAUCAUUGGCGGCUUCAUCUUCCAACUCCUAGAGGCGACCAACGAGAAACAAGAACGAGUCGCCAUUACGGGUAUCCGCGAGCGCCAUGUUCAGCGGCUGUGGAACAUGACUGAGUCGCUCAACAUCCUGUUUCCCAAGAAGUGGAUGAACGAGUGCAGCGCUGUGCUGCGCGAGUUCCAGCGCGACAUCUACGAGGCCGUGAAGGACAAGGGCUGGGACGGCAGCGACGAGGUCAACGAGACCAACCUGCAGUGGACCUACGCCGGCUCCCUCCUCUACUCCGUUACUGUCAUCACCACCAUAGGCUACGGUCACCUGACGCCGAAGACGAUGUGGGGACGAAUGGUGACGAUGCUGUACGCCCUCGUCGGCAUUCCCAUGACACUGCAGUGCCUGUCCAACAUCGGCAGCUUCAUGGCGCACUGCUUCCGGCUCAUGUGGAAGCAGAUCACGUGCGCCCCCUGUCGGACGCGUAUUCGACGCCGCUCCAUGUACCUGGCUGCCAGGCAACGGGCUGCCAUGCAGCACAACUCCAGACUCCCUUUCGUGGUCGCCGCAGAGAGGCGCUCUUUCGACGGCCUCUUGAACGGGUCCAGGGGCAAGGUCAAUGGCUGUUGCCAUGGAGACGGCCAAGGAGUGGACGCCUGCCCCAGCUCUAAACCUGGUGUAGAAGGGUUUCCGACAGUCUGUGACGAGUCUCAUCUUCUGGAACAAAAGCACGACCAGGAGCACUUGACCAGGCUGUCGGUUAGCGGGACAGUCGCUGGCGACCGCAACGAGCAAAGCCCUCGUCCUGUCGGUCACGUGAGUUCGGAGGAGCUGGACCGGUCAAUGACCCCGGCCGAAAUCAGGAAGGGCUACGCAGAACUUUCCAUUGCGGGGUAUGACCAGACCGGCAAGCCCUCGACCCUGCACCUCCUGCCCGGCACAGAAUUCCCGAUGUCCAGCAGGGUUCUCGGCUAUCCCGGCAGCCUCGAUCCUGAACUUAGCUUCCUCCCCAAGUACCAGGACGCCAUGUUGAAAAAACCCGGUCAGGCGGCCAACCCUCCAGAGAUCGUGCGUGUGCCCAUCACGGUGUGUCUAGUCAUCGCGGCUGUCUACAUCUUCCUGGGCGCCAUGCUCUUCACUCUGUGGGAGGACAGCUGGAGCUACUUCGACAGCUCCUACUUCUGCUUCGUCACGCUUUCCACCAUCGGCUUCGGCGACAUCGUGCCGGGCUACGACACCGACUCGUGGGACAACCAGGCCAAGCGGGUGUCGUGCACCCUGUACCUGCUCUUCGGCCUGGCGCUGCUGGCCAUGUGCUUCGAGCUCAUUCAGUCCGAGUGUCGCCAGAUCUUCGCCUCCUUCGCACGAGCCAUCGGCUUCACCAAUGAAAACGGGGUCUGAUGGUGUCUAAGGACCUGAAAACAAGUAUGGAGUCGCUCGACAAGACUUCUCUGGGGUCAUCUUGGGAGAUGUUUCUUACUUCUUUUGAACCGAGCUCUGUACGUGUAAGUAAAGCACGUGGACGAACAUAAAUAUGAACAUGAACAGAUGAACAUGAGUUAGAGACACAAUGAAUUUGCAAAUGGUUCCAGCUUGGAACACUUUCAUUUGGGAUGCCAAAGAAAUUGUUCUGGACACUUCUGCUAAAGUUUGUUUUUCCACUUGAACGAGAUUUUCCAAACAUUGUCGGCACUGACAUGAGAUUACUGAGUUCGUUACAGUUUGAACACUCGUGUUGCUGCUACUCUCGGACUUUCACUUGGUGAUCUCUUCCUACCGUCAUCAUUGUCAGUUCCACUUCAUGCAAGUAUUAAUUUUUAUCAUCAAGUCUUGAGAAUUAUUCCACCAUUGAUAACCGUUUAAAGUCGGGUACUUUUAUCUGUAAACCUUCUGUCAAUACCCGCGGGGUUACAGACUGUCGAACAAACUGCACAGAUGCUCGUGUUAGACGAACUCUCGUGAGUUCACGAAGCACGCGGGACGAGAUCACAAACCUGUCAGCUCUCGACGAAAAUGUCAACUGUGGUGACAAUGAACCCAGGGUUCGUAAGGUCAGCGUGAAAUAGUCAAAGGUUCACUCGUUCUUCAAAAGACUACAGACAGACCUACUCAGUUUCCGGUUUCACUCCUAAUUGAGGUUUCGUCAGUCGCAAGCUUGGAGCACAAUCAUCAAACCUCAGGAUCGUUGCCAUGGACACGACACACCUUCCAUAACAUAUUCAACACAUUCGUUAGAUUACAAUGUUUGCUGGGACUGACCACAACUGUCCUACUCCCUGUUGUGUGCUGAUGGCGAUGGCGAAUGUACGGAGUUUGCUGAUGGUAAUGACUGUCAGAUGUCUGUGGGCUUAUCAACCUGACACGGUCUUCACCACUUAGGAUGACCUUUGCCCUAUUUCACCUGUAUCGGCGACUCUGCCAUACACUAUUAGUGUCAACAGAGCUUUUGUGCCUGACAGGAGUGUUUGGUUAGUAUUUUAUUAUCUUCAUUUAGUCUUUCCAUCCCCAAAAAAUCUGUCAGUCAGUCUCAGGGUCUUGAAUUAAAAAAGAAAUGUAACAAAAAAUCCUGUCAACAGCCAAGUCGUAUUUCAUGGUCGUUAAUGCAUUUAUUCCUGUUGACUGGCCAGACAACUUGAAAUGUGGUCUGUGAGAAUGUUUAUAAGCAGAAACAUACAAACACACUCAUGAUUACACAAUAAUGCCUCCUACUGGUUGUCCUCCCCUGCCCUCCCCAAGAAGUCAAAAUACUUUUCUUCUCAUUCCUCGAAAUAGUUUUCUCCCCUGAAUAACUAAAUCCUGUUGUACACUAUUAUGUGCACUCAAAGCAUUUUAACGGAUUGAAUAGAGCAGAGUGGUUCACCGGUGGAGUUUGUCGCUAUACCUACGUGCUGCACCAUUUCCGGUCACGAGACUCAUUGCUGACGUAAUCAGAUUUGUUGGUCACGCGUCGUUAGACAACACACACAACUGGUGGAGUCAACAUCAACAUCAACAUCAACCGAGCAGGUAAACAAGUCUUGGGCUGUAGCCGCCCAUCUUGACCCUCGUCUUCCUCUCGCCAAAGACCAACGCUCGCUGCCAGAAGGCGACUUGGGGUGUUCUACCCGUUGGCUUUCUCUCCGCGAGCUUUAACGAGAUCCCCCGUGGCUUGACGCAUGAGGGAGCAUUGUAAGGCACCGGGGUUCCUAGAAUAUUUCCAUGUUGGCGCUUGCACGCACUCACUGCGGCCAACGCUUGUGAAUACGGACAAGGAGGGGGGGGGGAGAGGGAGGGAGAGAUGGAGGGGAGGUAGUAAGGGAGCCUUGCAAGAAACGGGCUG